AUGGCCGUGUUCUUAGCACUGAAACACUUUCACAUAGACCUGAGAGGUCGCCAUGUGUUGGUCCGUAUGGACAACAUGUUGUUGGUCUCAUACAUCAACCACCAGUCUUGCCUCCUGUACAGGCUGGUGCAGCAGAUCCUCCUAUGGUCCCAGGGAAAACUCCUCUCAUUCAGAGCAGUUUACAUCCCGGGCCAGUUUAACUGGAGGGCAGACGCCCUUUUCAGCCUUAUUGGGGCUGGACUGCAUGGUGCAGACAUGGCCGAGGCUACGUCUGUACGCCUUUUCCCCGAUCGCACUGCUCCUGGGAGUUCUGGAGAGAUUCCGCCAGGAAGGAGCUUGUCUCCUCCUGGUGGCAUGUCACUGGCCGGGCAGACUGUGGUUUACAGAGGGGGUGCAGCUUCUAGCAGCUGGGUCGGGAACCUACAGGCUCUUUCCAUGGACCCGUCUCUCCUGGAGUUUGCCCCUGGCAUGGCCACCCCUAACCAGGAAAAGCAAAAUCGAGCACUGGACACAUACCUUCACAGGACGAGUCUGUGGAGGAAGUGGGAGCAGCUGUUCGUCUGCGAUGGCCCUCAAAGGAAAUGUUUCCUGGCUAAUAAGCGGACACUCACCCCCAGCUACAUCAGACUGGUAGGUUCUGGAGGAGACUGUGCAGGAAGGCUGGAGGUUUUCCACAGUGGUUCAUGGGGAACAGUGUGUGAUGACUCUUGGGGUAUUGAGGAUGCAGAUGUGGUGUGCAGACAGCUGCAGUGUGGACGGGCCCUCAGUACCCACACACCAGCCUGGUUUGGUCCUGGAACUGGGUCCAUAUGGCUGAAUGAGGUGGAGUGUGAGGGGAAUGAGACGUCCCUGUGGAACUGCAGAUUUCAGCUGUGUGAAGAGGGUGAAUGUGGACACCAGGAGGACGUAGGAGUUGUGUGCUCAGAGUUUAAAGAGAUCCGACUCACGGAGGGCUGUGAGGGGAAUCUGAAAGUGUUCUACAAUGGAACCUGGGGUAAUGUGUGUCACACUGAGAUGAAUGAUGAAACAGUAAACAUGGUGUGUCGAGAGCUGAACUGUGGAAAACUCAAUGGUUCGACCUCAUCCAGAGCGAGAGUAGAAUCUGCUCCUAACUGGCUGGAUUAUUUGAAGUGUAGGAAACACGACUCUAAUAUGUGGCAGUGUCCAUCUUCACCCUGGGGACAGAACAGAUGUGAUAAUAGUGAUGAGGUGGCACAUAUUACCUGCACAGGUGGUCCACAAGAACACUGGUCUCUCAGGCUGAGUGGAGGAAAGGGAAGCUGCUCUGGGAGGUUGGAGGUGUAUCAUAACGCUACAUGGGGCUCCGUUUGUGAUGAUCAGUGGAACAUCAGUAACGCUCAGGUGGUGUGCAGACAGCUGGGCUGUGGGUCGGUGCUGAGUGCUGAUAGGUUUGGUCCUGGUGAAGGGACUGUCUGGCUGAACAGAGUGAAGUGUCGAGGGGAUGAGAUUCACCUGUGGGACUGUCAUCAUUCCCUGAAGAAACACACUGACUUCUCUCAUGCUGGAGUCACCUGUGCAGAUACUCCUGGAUCAACACCAUCUGAAGCUCCACACACUCCUCAAUUAGUUUGUGUUGUGAACGCUGCUCUUCCAUAGAGCUUCUGGUGGUGCUGUUUUACAGAACAGAGUGCUCAGGAGAGGUACAGCACAUUCACACAUUCAUCUCCACACACUAUAUCCAAUCUAUAAUUAGAUACACUGGGUUC